CGACACUCGUCUUACGAUCCGGUCCCAUUUUUAACUGUGCAGAACCUUGUUCUUUGUCGUGCGAAACUCUGCGUCCAUGGCUCGAAAUGACCCUUUGCACAACAUGCAAAAGUCUUGACUUCCGGACGCUCCUUUUGACAUGCCUGCAACAAGCUCGGGAGAGACAGGAAGCACGCGACAUAGGAUAUGAUGAUGCCCCGCUCGCAUCUGACCUUCUAGCACCAUUAAGACACCACUGCGACAUUUUCGAGGUUGGAAAGUCGAGCUCUACAUGCAAACUUUGCAAAAUCAUAUUCCAAGCGUUCGAGAAAAGACAGGUCGCUGAUGUGGAAGAUGCGAGAGGCCUGCAGAUCGUCUUCCGCACAUUCAGCAACAGGAUUCAGGUGUGCUAUGAGACUGAGGAACUGAUUCAACUUUGUCGGCUCGAUGUCUACAUGAAUGAAGACGAUGUGGAGCAAUACUUUCAGCUCUGUGGCAUCAAAGAGGACGAUUCGCCGCCAAUCCUGCGAAUGAACGAGAAGGAUCCCGGCUCCAAGGAAGCUUUCGCAAUCGCGUCAUCCUGGCUUCGAAGCUGUUUGGAAAGCCACGCAGAUUGUAAACUCACUGCUCAGAUCCAGAACACGCCGAAGCGAUUGAUCAACGUUGGCAGCGAAACCCGGCAUCCAUUCCUUGUGGAAUUUCCUCUGGCCUCUCAACAAGUCGAAUGGCUGUCUCUCAGCUACUGUUGGGGCCAAGAAGACCCUUUGAUGAAGCUUACUGCAGAUACCAGGGAAAGGCUUGAGAACGGAAUCCCCUUAGACAGCCUUGAUCCUACGAUUCGAGAUGCGAUACUGGUCACAAGAGGUUUGGGGCUCGACUUUAUUUGGAUUGAUGCACUCUGCAUUAUUCAAGAAGACAACAAUAAAGACUGGGAUGAUCAAGCUCCCAAGAUGAAUGAGAUCUAUGGAGGAUCGUUGUUGACUCUUGUUGUCGCCAGUUCGAACUCGGUCAAGAGUGGAUUUUUGAAGGAGCGUGUAAUCCCGUACGUUCCCAUAUUAUCUUCCAACAGCUCAUCUGGAGAAUCUCCCAACGCUGAGCCUCCUACACGAGUCUAUUUUUCGCCAGAAUGGGACCCGGACGAAGACAAACUCACAGGGCCAUGGACUAACCGAGGAUGGACAAUGCAAGAAGGUCUGCUCCCCAGCCGACUGCUGCAUUUUACGGCUUCUCAGAUGAUAUGGAAAUGCUGCGAGGAGGAGAAGUUUGAAAGAGGCGUGACCAAAAGUGUAAACGACAUGGUUUCUGAUACUCUAGCGCGCUCGGACGACAUUUCGUUUGGAUCCGCAUGGUUCUGGACACUAGACUCUUUUAUGAAGUUCAAAAGAUUUCCCAGUCAUUUACCCACCAACCCAGACUAUCCUCUGCUCUCGGAUCCGAAUACAUUUCAUUUGUGGUACGAUUUGGUCGAAGAGUAUACUCCAAGGAGGUUCACCAAAAUCAGUGAUCGACUAGUAGCAAUCUCAGGUCUUGCCAGAAUCUUUGGCAGCAUAAUCCGAACCCAUGAGUACGUCGUUGGUCUAUGGAAACCGGACUUGAUCCGGGGUCUCUUGUGGUACACUGAAGGCUCAAUGCUUAUCCCUCGACAAUCCGUAGACAGCAUGAGAUCCAGCUAUAGCAACUUUCCAUCUUGGAGCUGGGCCAGUGUGGGAUACGAGAUCGUCAAGUUCAGACAGAAGAGCAGCGAUAUCCUCACAAGUUUGUCUCAAGUCGAGAGUGUAUCCAUCGAGCUUACUGACCAAAGCCAGCCAUUUGGUAAUGUUAAAGGUGGUAAGAUAACAAUCAAAGGUCCACUAAAGAGAGUCUCCAGACUCUACAAUGCAGACUGGUCAUCUGCAGAAGCCUCCAUGUCAGAACUCGAGCGGCAUCUGUCAGAAAUAGUCGACAAAGAGAGCCUUGGAGGUCUGGCACACAGAUUCUCCUCGCCUUCCGGAGGUGGUCAUUAUGCUGCGCUUCAAAUGCUUGGAGAUACACACUCGCUUGAUCUACUUGUGCUCGAAGCUACGGGUGAUGUGUCUAAUGGAAUCAAUGUGUAUCGUCGUGUUGGGAUGGAUACACUCCGAUACUUUUGUGACGCAGAUGUAGCGUCGCCAGAUCUCAUCAACAAACUGAAAGAGUCUGAGAGCUCCCUGUCUGCUCGCCUUGGUCCGCAGAGGAGGAAAGGAAGAAAGGUCAAAGGCACUCGUGCUGUAGUUACAGAGUUGAAGUCGGAGCCAUGGGGAAUUGAAACUAUUAUAAUCAUCUGAAUGAUGAAGCUAGAAUUCAAAUGGGAAUUUGGAGACAAAAUGUUUGCCAGGGAUACUCUGAACUUUUCUGAACCAAGAUACUCUGGCUCCAACAACACGACCAAUGAUUCUCAAGAUACAUCGCUUUGAUCAUCCUCUUCCG